UAAAAGUAAUCACGUGACACUGCGCAGUUGAAAGUUACGGAGUUACUCCCCAGAGCUUGGAAAUUCAUCGUUAAAUAACACAUUGUGAAAGAUUUGUGCAUGUUAUUUCAGUUAACUUACGAAAUUAUAUAGAAGUUAUCAAAAUAUUUUCUUUAAAUUGAGGAGCGAACUUUGGUUUUUCAUAUUUUUUUUGAAGUCAUACAAGUUCAGCUGAACUUAAAGGCAACAGUAAACAGAACAGCCACAGCUUUUUAGCAUUAUCCGCCAUCUUUAUUUGGUAGGCCUCUUUCAGAGCUGAGUUGCAUCGUAUCAAUUUUUACUCUAAUUCGACCAAUUAGGGGAGAGCAAAGAAAAUGACGGACCGCGAGAUAAAAGUACUUGAGACGGCUGAUGACAUCCAGAUUCGUCGAAAUCAAGUCCUUUCUCGUUAUGCUGAGUUUAAGAAGCUAGCACAUGAGCGCCGUGCGAAGCUGGAAGAUGCGAGACGCUUCCAGUUCUUCAAACGUGAUGCUGAUGAAUUGGAAACUUGGAUCUUGGAGAAGUUGCAGACUGCUUCCGACGAGAGCUACAAAGAUCCAACUAACCUGCAGGGUAAGUUGCAGAAACAUCAGGCAUUUGAAGCUGAGGUUGCGGCCCAUAGCAACGCCAUUGAACAGUUGGACCAGAGCGGCAUGGAGAUGAUCAAUGGAGGUCACUUUGCCUCGGAGACUAUUGAGACCCGCUUGGAAGAGCUGCAUCGUUUAUGGGAGUUACUGUUGUCAAAACUGCGUGAGAAGGGUAUUAAGCUAUUGCAAGCCCAGAAAUUGGUACACUUUUUACGCGAGUGUGAUGAAGUCAUGUACUGGAUUAAAGAUAAGGAAGCAUUCACUUCCUCUGUGGAGACUGGUGUAGAUUUGGAACAUGUGGAAGUCUUGCAGAAGAAGUUUGACGAGUUUCAGAAGGACUUGCAAGCCCAUGAGGAUAGAGUGGUUGAUGUCAAUGCUGAAGCUGACAAGUUGAUUGAAGAAGAACAUCCUGAGUCUGAAACCAUCACUACUAGACAAAGGGAAUUGAAUGAAGCUUGGGAGAGACUGAAAGCUGCUGCUUUGGCUCGUCAGGAGAAAUUGUUUGGUGCAAUGGAAAUCCAGAAAUUCAACAGGGAUGCUGACGAGACCAUCAGUUGGAUUAACGAGAAAGACUCUGUGAUGUCAUCAGAUGAUUAUGGUCGUGAUUUGGCGAGUGUACAAACUCUGCAGCGUAAGCACGAAGGUUUAGAACGCGACUUAGCAGCAUUGGAAGAUAAGGUAUCUACAUUGAGUACUGAAGCCGAUAGACUGCAACAAAUCCAUGAUGCUCCUGAGAUCCAGACUAAGAAGGAUGAAAUACUGACAAACUGGGGUCUGCUGACCACUAAGGCCCAUGAACGUAAAGAACGACUGGAAGACUCGUACAAACUGCAUCAUUUCUUGGCCGACUUCCGUGAUCUGUUAUCGUGGAUCCAUGACAUGAAAGCUUUGAUCACUGCUGAUGAACUGGCUAAAGAUGUUGCCGGGGCAGAAGCUUUGUUGGAGAGACAUCAAGAACACAAGGGAGAGAUUGACGCUCGUGAAGACAGUUUCAAAGCAACUGCUGCAGCCGGUCAGGAAUUAUUGAACUGCAAUCACUAUGCCUCGGAAGAAGUGUCAGAAAAGCUGGUGACAUUGGCCAAUGAGAAGACCUCCUUACUGGAACUAUGGGAAGAGCGUCGUAUUCAGUACGAGCAGUGCAUGGAUCUGCAACUAUUCUACCGUGACACUGAGCAAGCCGAUACCUGGAUGAGCAAACAAGAGGCUUUCUUGAACAAUGAAGAUCUUGGUGACUCCUUGGACAGUGUGGAAUCUUUAAUCAAGAAACAUGAAGACUUUGAGAAAUCAUUAGCUGCACAAGAGGAAAAGAUUCGGGCUCUUGAUGAGUUUGCUACUAAACUGGUUGAUAGUGAGCACUAUGCAGCAGAUGAUGUGUCUGCUCGCCGUGAUGCAUUAUUGGAGAGACGUGCUGCAUUAAUUUUGCGAGCGAAUACUCGUCGUACGAAACUGGACGAGUCGUAUAAACUUCAGAUGUUUGACCGUGACGCUGAUGACGUCAAGGGAUGGAUUAGUGAAAAACUGAAGAGUGCUGCUGAUGAGUCCUACAGAGACCCAACCAACUUGCAAGGAAAGAGUCAGAAACACCAGGCUUUUGAGGCCGAAUUAGCAGCUAAUCAGCUGCGUAUAGAUGCUGUCAGAGACGUUGGUGAAGAACUGAUUAAAAACGAUCACUAUGCCAGAGACCAGAUUAAAGAGAGAUUGGACGAGAUUGAAGAAUUAUGGCGACAAUUGCUAGAUUCCACUGGAAACAAAGGAUGCAAAUUGAAGGAAGCCGCCCAACAACAACAGUUCAAUCGUAACAUUGAAGAUAUUGAAAUCUGGAUGUCUGAACUAGAAGGACAUCUGGCAUCAGAAGACUUCGGUAAAGACUUGACUAGUGUCAAUAAUCUGUUAAAGAAACAUUCUUUAUUGGAAGCGGAUGUUGUCGCUCACAAGGAUCGUGUUGAUGGAGUAAAGCUGCAGGCUAAUCAAUUCUCUGAAGCUGGUCAUUUUGAUAAAGACACCAUCAAAGUCAAAGAAGAGUCCCUUGUCAAACGUUACGACACCUUACAGGAAUGUGGUAAUGUUAUGGGUCCGCUGGCUGCUCGCAAACAAAAGCUGAACGACUCGGUCGCCUUGCAUCAACUUUUCCGUGACAUUGAGGAUGAGGAAGCAUGGAUCCGAGAGAAAGAGCCAAUCGCCUCGUCCGCUAACCGCGGACGUGAUUUGAUCGGUGUUCAGAACCUGCUGAAGAAACACCAAGCGUUGCAAGCAGAGUUGACCGGUCAUGAUAGUCGUAUCAAAGCAGUCUGUCAAACUGGUCAUGACAUGGUGAACAAUGGUCACUUUGCAUCAGAUGAUAUACAGCUAAAGAUUCUUGGACUUCAAGACAAAUGGCAACAACUCAAAGACAAAGCAUACCAGCGUAAACAAGACUUGGAUGACUCUCUACAAGCUCAUCAAUACUUUGCGGACGCUAAUGAAGCCGAGUCUUGGAUGAAAGAAAAAGAACCAAUAGCCGGAAGUGAAGACUACGGAAAGGAUGAAGAUGCUGCAGAGUCUCUAUUGAAGAAGCAUGAAGCCCUGAUGUCUGAUUUGGUUGCCUACAGCACCAGUAUUGAUGCACUACAACACCAAGCACAAGAAUGCAGACAACAAGAAGCUCCUAUUGGGGAUGAUUAUGGCAAGGAGUGUGUACUAGCUCUGUAUGAUUACGUUGAGAAGAGUCCUCGUGAAGUGUCCAUGAAGAAAGGUGAUGUUCUCACCCUUCUGAACAGUGCAAAUAAGUUUGUAAAGCCUGGCCAAAUUGGCGACCCUCAUGAUUGGUGGAAGGUUGAAGUAAACGAUCGUCAAGGAUUCGUACCUGCCGCUUACGUCAAGAAGCUUGACUCUGUACAGUCAGCGUCCCAGGGUAAUCUGACCGACGAGGUCAAUAGCAUCGCCUCCAGACAGAGACAGAUUGAAGAUCAAUAUGCUCAUCUCUUGGAGGUGGCCAGUGAGAGAAAGCGACGCUUGGAGGAAUCUUGCAAGCGUCAUAUGCUCAUCCGUGAGGCAGGCGAGUUGAUGGUAUGGAUCAAUGACAAGGAAGCCAUUGCAUCCUCCGAGGAAGUCGGUGAUGAUCUAGAACAUGUUGAAGUUCUGCAGAAGAAGUUCAAUGACUUCCAGAAAGAUCUGAAAGCUAACGAGGCCAGGCUAACCGAGAUCAACGAGAUUUCUAGAAUCCUUCAGGAGGAUGGUAGUCCAGAAGCACAGAUCGUGGUUUCUCGUAUUGGGGAUUUGAACUCUCGUUGGACCGAGUUGGAGCAACGAACUGAAGAACGUUCCACAAGUCUCGGCAGUGCACACGAAGUACAAAGAUUUUUCAGAGAUGCAGAUGAAACUAAAGACUGGAUAAACGAGAAGGACAAUGCACUGAAUACUGAUAACUAUGGGCAUGAUCUACACAGUGUACAAGCAUUGCAGCGUAAACAUCAAGGAUUGGAGCGUGAUCUUGCAGCCCUUGGUGACAAGGUACAUCAAUUGGAUGAGAUGGCCGAUCGGUUAACUCAUAGUCAUCCAGAGGCGGCAGAUAGCGUCAUUGAGAAGAGAAAAGAUAUUGAUGACGCCUUUGUCAAUCUCAAGAAACGGGCCGCUGCACGUAAAGCUAAGUUGGAUGACUCGUAUGAUCUGCAGAGAUAUUUGAGUGACUAUCGUGACUUGAUGACCUGGAUUAACAGUAUCAUGGUUUUAGUCAAUUCUGAUGAACUAGCAAAAGAUGUCACUGGCGCUGAAGCUUUGCUUGAAAGACACCAGGAGCUGCGAUCAGAAAUUGAGGCCCGUGCUGGAAACUUCCAGGCAUUUGAGACAUUUGGCCAACAACUGAUUCGCAACGAUCACUAUGCCAGUCCAGAGAUACAGGAUAAGCUGAACCAGUUGAAUAAUGAACGAGAGCAAUUAGACAUGGCUUGGAAUGCUCGUCGUAUCAAGCUUGACCAGUGCUUGGAAUUACAGUUGUUUUAUCGUGACUGUGAACAAGCCGAAGCCUGGAUGGCAUCCCGUGAAGCUUUCUUAUCAUCUGAAGGUCCCAGCGACUCACUGGAUGGUGUAGAAUCACUCAUUAAGAAACACGAAGACUUUGACAAAGCCAUCAGUGCACAGGAAGAGAAAAUUAAAGCUCUGCAGUCUUUUGCUGAUCAAUUGGUCGCAGCUGAUCAUUACGAUGGACCUGCUAUUCACGACAGAAGAGAUCAAGUUUUAGACAGAUGGUCUGGUUUGAAAGAAGCGUUGAUAGAGAAGCGUUCCAAACUUGGUGAAUCUCAAACGCUGCAGCAGUUCAGUCGAGACGCUGAUGAAGUCGAGGCAUGGAUUGCGGAGAAAGUACAGAUGGCAACAGACGAGUCUUAUAAGGAUCCUAGUAACAUUCAAAGUAAAUUCCAGAAACACCAAGCUUUCGAAGCUGAAGUCGAUGCCAACUCUGAACGAGUUAAAUUAGUCGUUUCUGCUGGUCAACGUUUAAUCGAUGAUAAACAAUGUGCUGGCAGUGAGGAGGCUGUACAGGCACGAUUGGUUACUCUGACUGACCAAUGGGAGUACUUGGUACAGAAGUCAACUGAAAAGGCAGUCCAGCUGAGAGAAGCUAACAGACAGCAAGUCUUUAACAUCAGUAUGAAGGACAUGGAUUUCUGGCUCGGAGAGGUUGAAGCAGCUUUAGCGUCUGAAGACUACGGCCGUGACUUGACGUCAGUACAGAAUCUUAUCAAGAAACAUCAGCUCUUGGAAGCUGAUGUUGCUGCCCAUGAGGAUCGUAUGAAAGACCUAAAUUCCCAGGCUGAAAGCUUUGUAGAAAUUGGUCAUUUUGAUGCAGAAGCCAUAACGGAAAAACAGAAGAUUACCAACGAACGUUAUGAGAAAGUAGUCAUCUUGACAACUACACGAACCCACAAACUGAAUGAAUCUAAUACUCUACAUCAAUUCCUCCGCGACAUUGAUGAUGAAGAAUCAUGGAUCAAAGAAAAGAAAUUACUGACUAGCUCUGACGACUACGGUAGAGAACUAACUGGUGUGCAGAAUCUGAGAAAGAAACAUAAGCGUCUGGAAGCCGAGAUAAACAGCCAUGAACCAGCAAUUCAAGCCGUACAGGAUGCAGGAGCUAAACUGAUGGCAGAUUCUACCCUCGGAAGUGAAGAAAUCCAGGAAAGACUGGAUCAACUCAACAGGAGCUGGCUACAAUUGCAAGAACUUGCACACAUCAGGAGUAAGAAAUUGAACGAGUCCUUGGCAUUCCAGCAAUUCAGUGCGAACGUGGAUGAGGAAGAAUCCUGGUUGAAUGAGAAGCAAAACUUGAUGUCCAGUGAGGACUACGGUGACACGUUGGCUGCUGUUCAGGGUCUGCUCAAGAAACACAAAGCAUUUGAAACAGACUUCAGUGUUCACAAAGAGCGUAUUGCUGAUAUCCAGAAAGCUGGUCAGAAAUUGAUGGAAGAGGGUAACCACCAAAAAGAUGCCAUCGCUCAGCGUUUGCAGACAUUGCAACAGAAAGCCCAGACUUUGCAGGAUGCCGCAGGUUAUCGUAAAGGAAAACUGGAAGAGAACUCAGCAUUCCUACAGUUCAUCUGGAAAGCUGAUGUGGUUGAAUCUUGGAUUGCCGACAAGGAAGGAAUGGCGCGAUCGGAUGACUAUGGCAGAGAUCUAUCGUCUGUGCAGACAUUGCUGACGAAACAAGAAACCUUUGAUGCAGGUUUAUACGCCUUUGAAAAAGAGGGCAUUCAACAGAUUACAUCAUUGAAAGACCAGUUAGUGGCAGCCAAUCAUGCCCAGACACCAGCCAUUCAACAGCGUCAUACUUCUCUCAUUAACAGAUGGGAAAAACUGCUGAGUGACUCCAACAAUCGCAAACAGCGUCUGUUGCGUGCCCAGGAUCAAUAUCGCCAAGUUGAAGAUCUCUUCUUGACCUUUGCCAAGAAGGCCUCUGCAUUCAACAGCUGGUUUGAAAAUGCAGAAGAAGACUUAACUGAUCCUGUGCGCUGUAACUCGGUGGAAGAGAUCAAGGCAUUACGUGAAGCCCACAACGCCUUCACCGCGUCUCUGAGUAGUGCCCAAGCCGAUCUCAAGCAGUUAGCUGCUCUUGAUAAACAGAUUAAGAGUUACAAUGUGACCUCUAACCCCUACACCUGGUUUACAAUGGAAGCACUUGAGGAUACCUGGCGUAAUCUUCAGAAGAUUAUUAAAGAACGAGAAAGUGAACUGAAUAAAGAAAUGCGCAGACAGGAAGAGAAUGAUAAACUACGUAAAGAAUUUGCUCAACACGCCAAUGCUUUCCAUGCCUGGUUACAAGAGACAAGGGAACACGUUGUCAUGGGCGAAGGAGCUCAAAUGGUGGAGGAGUCCGGCACUUUGGAGGGCCAGUUAGAAGCCAUGAAGCGCAAGUCGGUUGAAAUUCGUGCUCACCGAACAGAGUUGAAGAAGAUAGAAGACCUUGGUGCUGCCAUGGAAGAACAUCUAAUUCUGGAUAAUAGAUACUCCGAGCACAGUACAGUUGGACUUGCCCAGCAGUGGGAUCAGCUCGACCAAUUAGGCAUGCGUAUGCAGCACAAUCUGGAACAGCAAAUCCAGGCUCGUAAUACAACCGGUGUCAGCGAAGAGGCACUUAAGGAAUUCAGUAUGAUGUUCAAGUACUUUGACAAGGAUAAGUCUGGAAAACUGGAUCACCAGGAAUUCAAGUCUUGUCUCAGAUCUCUGGGUUACGAUCUUCCAGUGGUUGAAGAGGGUCAAGAAGAUCCGGAAUUCCAGGCUAUCCUGGAUAUGGUUGAUCCCAAUAGGGAUGGUUUUGUUUCUUUACAAGAAUACAUGGCAUUCAUGAUUAGCCGUGAAACUGAAAAUGUCCAAUCCAGCGAAGAAAUUGAAAAUGCUUUCCGUGCACUCAGCUCAGAAGGAAAAUCUUUUGUCACCAAGCAAGAACUAUAUUCGAACCUACCAAAAGACCAAGCAGAAUGGUGUAUUCUACAUAUGAAGCCGUACACAGACAGCAAAGGAAGAACUGUCCCUGGAGCGCUGGACUUUGUUGAUUUUACUCGCUCUUUAUUCCAGAACUAAACGAUCUGUUCCAGUCGCAAUAAUAUCAGUUCUUAAUAUUGUAGUUUUUUAGUCAUAGUUUUAAAACGGCUUGCCACUGCAUGUAACAAGUGAUCUAGCGACAAAUGCAUUCGUCUUACUAUUUCUUUUUAAAUUUGUCUCCGUAAGAUUUAUCUUGUAGUUUUAAAUAAAUGAGAAAUGUGUAAAGAAGAUUAUUAUAAUUACUGUGUGUGCUCUGUUAUAAGCACACUCUGAGGGAAACAAACUGGAUUAAAAUCUGCAUUAUUAUGGACAUAGACAGACCUCUGUCAUUUACGUAAGUGCACGCCAUACUAAUAGAGUAAAUACACUAGUCGAGAUUUUUAAGUGGUCUGGAUAUUUCCUCAACCUUUCACCUGAUAUUGUGUAAGUUACCUGGUAUAGACAGAGAGAUGUAUUCAAGGUGUGCUAAGCUGUUAAUUUGGUUGUCAUACAUGCUUUAAACUUCUGUAGUUGUACGUUUAUUAUCAUUGUACAAUUAUUGUAGCCGUAAUUCAUGGACAAUUAACAGUUGCUGCAAGAUUUAUUGAGUAUGUUUUAUGUAAGAUUUUGCUGAAUAUCAAAGCAAUGUAUCGCGUUUGCUUCUGACAGUACCGGUAGUUCACUAUAUUCACCUAAGCACUUUUACUUCAAGAAUGGAAACUUUAGGAUUUAUCCCUAUUUUCCUAAAUGUGUUUUACUUCUUUUUCAACUGUCACAUGCAUGUGGUUGGUAUAGUGAAAUAAAGUUAUCUAGAUGUUCUAUAU